AUGGCUCCCGCCAACAAGGAGAACCGUCUUCCCAAAAAACCGAAAGCAGCUCCAGACCCGAAACUCCGGAACUUUCUCUUCCAAUUAGUCUUAAAAUCUGAAAACGACGCGAAUUUAAGCCAAAUCAUUAAAUGGACAAAAAAAGAGAAUCUGGAAUUCCAGUUGGUGGAUCGACAGGAAGUUGCAAGGCAAUGGAGUAUUCAUAAGGGAGGAAAUAAGAGAAUGGAUUAUGAAUCGUUAUCGAGAAGUCUCAGAUUUUAUUAUGGAAUGAAUAUUAUGAGAAAAAUCCCCGGCAAAAACUUCCGCUACCAAUUCAUUCCGGACGAUUGGACGAGAGCAGAGUUGGCGAAAUGGAAUGCUCGAAGAUUUUCGAUUGCAACAAUUUUGGGAUCGGAGACAGCUGGAAAUUGA